AUGAGUGAGCAAAGCAGGAAUGACUGGGGUGAAAUGGUUCUUCCGGGUGUGUACAUGCUUAGAGGUUGCACUGCCCCUAGUCAAGGCCGAUUAGUCGGCGUUGAUGCAAGUAGACCCCAACUAGAGUUCAUUCUUGAAGCAAUAGAGGUUAUGGAACGACACACUAGCAAAUUGAAGGAGAGCAACGAGGAGAUAAGAAGAUAUCUAAGAAACCCUGAUUCCGUAAUGGAGAGCACAAAUGCGCUUUCCACGUCUACCAGUGAGGUUGCGGUGUGUGAGGCAGAGGACGUCAAUUCCAUUUUGGCGGCUGCUCUUCAGGAAAACGAGGCGCUCAUAUCCCGCAAGGAACGGGAAUUGAAUGAAUUAAAACAAUUGGUACAAAACAACCGUUGUGCCUGUAGCUACCACUCAACUCAGGAAACAAAUGUGAACCACUUGGUUCCUGCUGACGCCGGCGGCAAUCACGUGGCACCUGACGUAAGGGAAGCCACAGAUGAAAUGUCGAAUGCCCACUUCUCACUUUGA